CUCAAUGCUCUCCAACCUGCUCCGUACAACUUCUCGUAACCUUUCCACCCCUCCAGUCGUGAAAGUUCUCUCCCUAGAUGCUCGUGAUACACUAAUCACGAUGAAAGAGUCUCCACCGAUAGUUUAUUCCCGUUUCGCGAGGCAAUAUGAUUUGGAAGUCGACUCCGAUCAAAUCAUGGGAAGCUUUCUUAAAAAUUAUAAACGAAUGAGCAUCGCAUCGCCCUGCUUUGGGUUCAAUGGAAUUGGAAACAAAAGUUGGUGGAUUGAAGUAGUUUCUUCUACGCUUUUGGAUUGUGCUCCGGAUUCUGAAAAAGGACGGGUUGAAGUGAUCGCUGGAGCUUUGUACAAUCACUAUGCAACUCCUGAGCCGUGGAAACUAGUUGAAAGCGAUACGCGCCAAACUCUGCAAAAACUUCGCCUGAAAGGAAUCAUCCUGGUUGUCAUCUCCAAUUUCGAUAGUCGCUUGAAAUCUCUACUUUCUCAAUUCAAUUUACUCGAUCUUUUCUCCAUGACAGUUCUCUCCGGCGAAAUUGGGUACGAAAAGCCCGAUGAGAAGAUCUUCCAGCUAGUUGUCAACCAUUUCGAUCUAAUUUCUCCCUCGGAAAUCUUGCACAUUGGAGACAAUUUGAAAAAUGAUUUCCAUGGCGCCAAAAAUUUCGGCUGUAGAGCUCUAUUGUUUGAUUCAUCUUCCUCUCAUAAUGUUGAACCGUUUUAUUGUAUUUCUCGUUUGUCAGAUUUGAAGCUUUAUUAAUUAAUUGAAUUUAAUAAAUAGUUUUAAUUUUUCAG